AGGUUAUGUAAAAUUGCACGGUGCAAUACAACUCACAAUGUCUAUUUUUUACUAUCCUCUUCAUUCCCUCAAUGUUUCACAUUGAACUUUGACUUCAAGCUCAUUGACCCAAGUUGUCCAAGGAUUUAAGAUAUUGUUUCAUUAAGUUGCAAUUGAGAAUCGUUCGGUUGUCUGUCCAGUCACUGUGUCUGUAAGUUUCUUGCAUUCUUGUGAAUGUGAUAUCACAGGAACACCUUUAGGGAAUUUCCUCAAAUUGGGCACAAAUUUCCAGUUGGACUCAAAGAUGAACUGAUUUUGGUUGUGAAAUUACUUACUCCCAUCCCAUUCUGAUGAACGCAAUAUGUGAGGAACGCCCUGACGGAACUAUCUGUAGAGUCCGGACUCAAGGAUGAACUGACUGAUGUUUUGAUAAAUCUGUGAAUGAAAUGAAAAAGAAAGAGAAAGAAUGAACUGAUUAUAUGUUGGAAGUUAAAGGUCACGGUCACUUGCAAAAGUUGUUUUGGCCAUAACUCAAUAAUUCCUGUGCUAAUUAUGACAUUUCACACACGUCUCACAGGAUAAAAGGAGGUGAUUGCAUUUUAUGUCCUAAAGGUCAAAGGUCAACUUUACUGUUAAACUUGUUUUCAAUGGCAUUAUUCAACUCCAUAACUCAGUAGCAGAAGGAUUGUGACAAUGUUUCACAUUUGGUUUAAUACUGAAUUUCUGACACUAAUUUUGAGUGUCUACAUUAACAUUGUGAUGAUUGUAUAGAGCUUCCAAACACUGUUUUUGUUGAGUUGUUAAUAGUUUCCAAUUUAAUAUUUCUUCAAAGGGCCACAAUAUCAUACUAUGAUAGUACUAAUUUAAAUCCCAUAGUAUUUUAGUUCUAAUAUGCUAUCCUUCCUCUGGUUAAAAACCUAAGACUUCAUCUUUAGGGCGCCAUUGAACUGUCUGGGAUUCUUAUGUUAACUCAAAAAGCGUGACCGUUGUUGUGAUAUAACUUAAUGACAUUAGUACCAAUUUCUGUAGGGGUUACUGUAUGAUGUGCAUGUGAUGUUUUUUCUUGGGUUUAAGGACAACGUGCAAUAACAGAGUCCCAUUUACUGAAUGAUAUGGAGAAAAAGAAUUUCACCUGGAAAAUUACGUUCAUCUUUCCAUUUGUGCACAUACAAGCACAUGCAUUCUGUUAUUCAUGAGGAAAAUCAACCAUAUCGGCUCUUUCCGCAGACCCUGCACUUUGAUCUUAUGCACAUUUGUUUUUCUUCCUAUUUAACUCUUCUGCUACACAUAUUGAGCCCCUUAGAAGUUUCUCUUUGAACUUUUUUUUUCAUUGUCCCAAAGUCUCAAUGAUGUUCCCUCUGCAGUCUGUUCUAUGUCUCAUUCUGUCUCUGUGUGUCUCUCCUCCACACCCAAGCCCCUUUUUUUGAUAGGAGAAUGAGGAAGAGGAGGAACUGGAAACCCUGGGAGCGCGUUGGAAAGUUUCUGUGAAGUCUCAAUGAAAGCAUUAGAAGAGCUCCUCUAGUAUUUGACUCAAUGGCCAAGAAAGGGCGUACGAAGAGCGAGAAGCCCGAAGCGCUCAUCUCUUCCCUACAAGCCGCCAAUGAAGAUCUCAGGUCCAAGCUGACUGACAUUCAGAUAGAGCUACACCAAGAAAAAUGCAAGGUGAGCAAGCUGGAACGCGACAAGCUCCAGGAGGUGAAGCGGGUGCGGGAGCAGGAGCAGCACCGCCACACUGCCAUGAUGACGGAGCAGCGGGCCAAGUGGCACGAGGAGAAGCAGAAGGACCUCCAGGCUCUCAGGGAAAACCUGACGCGGCAGCAUGAGCAGGAGCUGGCCCGCCACGCCAAAAUCAAAGACCAGGAGAACCAGAGGCUCAAAGCCGCACUGAGCGCCAUGCGCGACGGCAGCGGGGAGAAGGUUCGCACAGCUUUGACCCUGGAAGCCAAGGAGGAUGCACGGCGCUUCUUCGACCAGGAGAGAGUGAAGCUCCUGCAGGAGAUCGUGGAGCUGAAGAGCGUGAAGAAGCAGACAGAUGAAGCUCUCAGCAACAUGAUCCAGUCGGACAAGAUGAAGGCCGGCGACCUGCGGGUGGAGCACCAGCAGCACCAGGAGCAGAUCUCCAAGAUCAAGUGGGACUCUGAGAGGGACAUCCGCAGACUGGUGGAUGAAAUCAAAUCUAAAGAUCGCACCAUCUUUGCUCUGGAGAAGGAGCUGGAGUCGACGUCAGGUUUCUUACAGAAGCUGCAGCUUCAGAAGGACGCCCUGGACGAACAGCUGUUCCUGGUCAAGGAGGCCGAGUGCGGCCUGGGGAGCCCAAAGAGAGAGAUCCCAGGCAGAGCUGGAGACGGAGCUGAGCACUGUGGAAGCCCAGACUUGAGGAGAAACCAGAGGCGCAUGGCUGAUCUCAACUCAACUAUUCGUAAAUUAGAGGACCGCAACUCCCUGCUGGUGGACGAGAGGAAUGAACUGCUGAAGCGAGUUCGAGAGUCAGAGAAGCAGUGUAAGCCUCUGCUGGACAAGAACAAGCUGCUGAGUAAGAGGAACGAUGACCUGACGCAGACCAUCCAGAAGCUGGAGGAGAAGCUCAAGGGCCUGGCCAGGGAGAACCAUGAGAUGAAGGAGAAGAUCAGCUCCCAUCCUCCUCUGAAGAAGCUGAAGUCCCUGAAUGACCUGGAUCAAGCACAUGAUGACCAGGAAAUAGCCUUUCUCAAGCUUCAAGUCCUGGAGCAACAGAGCAUGAUUGAUGAGCUGACACGAGACCGAGAAAAACUACUAAGAAAGAAAAGGCAUAAAAGAAGUUCGAGGCCAAUAAAGAGGCACAUCGUAGUAGACACCUUCUUUGGCUACGAUGAAGAGUCGAUGGACUCAGAAACGUCGUCAGUGGCUUCGUUCCGGAUGGACAGAACUCCUGCUACUCCUGAUGAAGACCUGGAGGAGGGUCUAGCCAACGAGGAGUCUGAGCUGCGUUUCCGUCAGCUGACCCGAGAGUACCAGGCCUUACAGCGAGCCUACGCCCUGCUGCAGGAACAGAAAGGAGGCAUUCUGGAUGCUGAGAUGGAAGCCAAGGCCCAAGAGCAGCUGCAAGCAGACGUUCUCAGGUACAAAGCCAAAAUAGAGGACUUGGAAAAGGAGCUGACCAUGAAAGGACAGGACUCCAAAUGGGUGGAGGAGAAGCAGCUCUUCUUACGGAGGAAUCAGGAGCUGUACGAUAAGGUGGAAAAGCUGGAGUCAGAGAGCAGUCGGGCGCAGCAGGAGCUACAAGACUCCAAAGACCAGAAUGAGCUGUUGGAGUUUAGGAUACUGGAGCUGGAGGAGCGUGAGAGGAGGUCCCCCCCAUUCAACCACCUGAGGAUGCAUCCCUUCUCUGAGGGAGUCAGCGCCCUGCAGAUCUACUGUAUGAAGGAGGGGGUCAAGGACGUGUGCAUACCAGAUCUCAUCAAACUUCUAGAUAUCCUGGGAGACAAUGGGAACUUGAGAAAUGAAGAGCAAGUGGCCAUUAUUCAGGCCAGCACUGUUUUGUCACUAGCAGAAAAGUGGAUUCAGCAGAUCGAAGGCACGGAGGCAGCACUGCACCAGAAGAUGAUGGACCUGGAGAUAGAGAUGGAGAUGUUCUGUAAACAGAAAGGAUAUCUAGAAGAGGAGCUGGACUACAGAAAACAGGCUCUGGACCAGGCCUACAUGCAAAUCCAGGAGCUGGAAGCAACUUUAUACAACGCCCUGCAGCAGGACAAGGUGAUAAAGUACGGCGAGCCUCUGGAUGAGCUGCAGAAAGACGAGCUGCGGACGGCGGUGGAGAAGCUGAGGAGGCAGAUGCUGAGGAAGAGUCGAGAGUACGACUGCCAGAUCCUCCAGGAGAGGAUGGAGCUGCUGCACCAGGCACACCAGAGAAUUCGUGACCUUGAAGACAAGACAGAAAUCCAGAGGAGGCAGAUUAAAGACCUGGAGGAAAAGUUUUUGUUUCUGUUCUUGUUCUUUUCUCUUGCCUUUAUCCUUUGGCCUUGAAGUCUUUGGCGUGUCCUGUAGCAGAGGUGGUGUGUCAGCUUGGAGAUCUUGUUUGUGACUGCAGUGUUAUUUAUUUUCUGGACAAGUGUGGAACAAUGUGCGUAGCAGUGGCUGCUAGUGUCAUAACAUCAGUGACUGCUGUCAGUGUAGGUGGAUUUGUCGUGUGUUGGCCUUGGACGUUCACACUUCGGAUUUUAUUUGUUUUAUUUUAUUUUUAACGGGGGUGGGGUGACUCACAAUACUGCCCAGGAUGGCUUUUUUUUUUUUUUUUUUUAAGCGGUGUUGGACAUUAAACGUCUCUCCAAACAGCUGGGGGAAUUGUAACAGGCUGCAAGAAUGACACACAUUAGAGAGACACUUAUAUUAGAUGCAGACACACACACAUAUACCUACAUGCACACGGUUUACGGACACGCAUGCAUAUACAGACGCAUGCAGAUGCAAACACACGCUUUGACAAAUCCAAACCAAAGCCUGGGAAAUGUUCUCUCUGCCAUGCAGGGUAAUAAUAUGUCAUUCAUCACCGUUUAGCCACAGUGGGCAUAUAAAGAGACAGAAAAACUCAUAGACAAGAAGGCAAACAAACCACCGGACCACAACUUCUCUUCUUUUUCUCUUCUUUCCUUUCCAAAAACCCCAAAAGACGUUCUUCAUGAAUGCAACCUCUUGGUGAUAUAGAGGCGAGCCAACUCAGGGCCCAUGAUUGCAGAGGCCAGUACUGGUCUCAGGUCAGAUUAUAAAGAGGAGGUGUCACCAGCCGGCCUGCCCCUCGCUGUUCAUAGGAUGGUGCUUACACAAACUGCUUGGACUCUCCAGAGAUUAUACCUGGAAAAAGACCGAACUACACCGCAGAGACUGUCGUGUAAAGACACUGAAAGGGGGAUACAGGACACUCAGGUUGACACGUCUUCACAGGACAAUUAAAGACUUGAGAGGUAAAAAGAGAAAGACAAGGUGACAGGGGGAAAUGGCUCUCUGAUCCAGCUCCACUCAACUUGGAUCUCCACAGAUUGUCAAACCGCUUCUUAAUUCUUUUCAGAAACCAGCAGACUGUAAGAUACUCUCUGGUUAUCUUUCUUUCUUUUUUACAGCUCAGAUACUGUGUCCCAAGAUUUCCACUGAGAGAAACAUCCCUAUCCUGUACUGUAAUAUAUACAUUUGUUGAUAUGUACAUGUGUCUGAAUUAUUUCAUGUAUUCUCCCCUUUUAUUUCUGUGAAUAGUUGCACUUUUAUUUUAAUCUCUGAAGCAGCUUGAACAGUUGAUGUAGUUUAUAAAUGACUCAAAGGGGUAUACAUUGCUCUGUUUUAUUGUGGUGACGGCUGCAAAGAUGAAUUUUAUUUCCUUGAAAAUUAUAACAGAAAAAUUGUUGGAAUAUGAAUGUGGAAUAAUGAAAUAUUUGCGUCCAUCUUCCUUUUUCCUCCCUCAAUCACACACAGUAUACUCUAUUCAUCUACUCUCUAACAAUGUGUUGCUCUGGUUGACCAGCAGGGGGUGCUGGUUCUACCUGAGCAACUUUCAAUUUGCCCUUUAAAGUUACAUUUAUCUUUUCACAAACCUGUAAAUAUUUUUCAGAUUACCUUGCAGUAUAUGCUCAUUAACUCUGGCCAGAUGAUUGGACGGUAUAAAUUUAAAUCUAACUGAGCAAGUCCUUGAAACCAUACGAUCACAUAUGUCGUUUGUUCUUACCCUCAAAUAUGACCCACAGGAGCGUUUUCAAAAUAAGAGCACUUCCUGGUUGCAGGAGAUCAACACGUCCUUAUACUAAACGUGAUGCCCACUGUAACGUUAAACUACUUCCUAAUGUCAGGGCAAACAAGUACAUGGUUAGGUGUUUA